AUGUUAUUCAAGAAGAGCAAGGCCAUUGCGAGAACUCCUGGUUCUAUAACAGAGAGUAAAGCAACGACGGAGACGGACCCACAGACUGCCAAUGGCGCCCCAGGCAAAGAGGAUACACAAACCGCUCCGCUCGCAAGAAAGGAAUCAAGCGGCGAUGUCUACCCCUCUGGAGUGAAGCUCUUUGUUCUACUCACCUCGGUCUAUGUCAGCAUGUUCUUGGUCGCUCUGGACCGUCUCAUCAUAACGACAGCUAUCCCGCGGAUCACCGACGACUUUCACUCCGUCACUGACAUAGGCUGGUACGGCUCCGCGUUCUUACUUACCAGCUCUUCGUUCCAACUUCUGUUCGGCAAGGUGUACAAAUUCUUCAGCGUCAAGGUGACUCUACUCGCCACCAUUGUCCUCUUUGAGAUCGGUUCGGCUAUAUCCGGCGCCGCGCCCAACUCUAUAGCGUUCAUUAUUGGCCGUGCUAUUUCAGGCCUCGGCGCGGCCGGGAUCCUGUCCGGAUUGAUGAUGACCAUCGUCUACUCGGUCCCGCUGCACAAGCGGCCGCUGUAUCAAGGAAUGAUGGGGGGCGUGUUUGGGAUUGCGUCCGUGGUAGGGCCGCUACUCGGUGGCGUCUUUACAUCCAAGGUCACCUGGCGGUGGUGUUUCUACAUCAACCUCCCGCUCGGCGGCGUGGCCAUGGUCGUCAUCUUCUUCCUGCUCAAGAUCCCAGAGCGCAAGGAGACCCAGAUCCCGCUCAAGGCCAAGCUUGCCCAGCUCGACGUUUAUGGCACGGGACUCAUUGUUCCGGGCACCAUCUGCCUUCUUCUGGCGCUACAAUGGGGUGGCCUGACUUAUGCGUGGAGCGACGGCCGCAUCAUCGCCCUCCUCGUACUCGCAGGCGUCCUCAUCAUCGGCUUCAUCAUGGUGCAGAUCCUUCUCCCAAAGACCGCCACGAUCGCCCCCAGGAUCUUCAAGCAGCGCAGCAUCCUGGCAGGCUUCUUCUGCACCCUCUGCCUCGGCCCGCAUAUGAUGCUCUUCGUCUACUACCUCCCAGUCUGGUUCCAAGCCAUCCAGGGCCUCUCGGCCGUGGACUCGGGCAUCCACCUCCUCCCCCUGGUCCUCUCCAUGGUCGCGGCCAACAUCGCCUCGGGCGCCGCCGUCCGCCGGAUAGGCUACUACACGCCCUUCCUCAUCGCGGGGACGUGCCUCGCGAGCGUCGGCGCGGGCCUCCUCAACACCCUCUCCGUGACGACCCCGCUCGCGCGGCUGGCCGGCUACCAGGUCCUCUACGGCCUCGGCCUGGGCCUCAUGACGCAGGCGCCCAACGUCGCGGCGCAGACGGUGCUGCCGCGGCCCGACGUGCCCAUCGGCACGACGCUCGUCUUCUUCACGCAGACGCUCGCGGGCGCCGUCUUCCUCUCCGUCGGGCAGAACGUCCUGCAGGGCGAGCUGCUGCGCCGGCUGCCGGCGGCCCUGGGCGGCGGCGGCGGGUCCUUCGACCCCAAGACCAUCGCCGACAGCGGCGCCACGUCGCUGACGGACCUGCCCGACGCCGUGCGGCCCGCCGUGCUGCGCGCGUACAACGAGGCGCUGCGGCAGGUCUUCCGCAUGGCCCUCGUGCUGACGUGCCUCACCAUCCUUGGUGCCCUGGCCAUGGAGUGGCGGUCGACGAGGCAGGAGGUGGAGAAGAAGCAGGCGCCGAGGGAGGAGGAGGCAGUUGUGGCUCCUGCUACUGCGAGCACGGAGGAGGCCCGCGUGAGCGACACUCGUGAUAGCAGUAUUGGGGAGAAGCAGUCCACUGUGGAUGGCCAUCAUCCCCACCAAGAGGAGAAGAGCAAGGAGUCUGUGUGA